GCUCUGAUCUUCAAAAUCUACGUAGUAACCUCCGCGGUAUUUCGACUUUUUGCUCGAACGCAUUUUUUUGUAAAAACAUCCACUUCGGCAUCCACUUUUCAAAUUUUCUGCGUGAGUCAUGAAAAUACGUUUAGCACCCUUUGUACCCGUCACCUUGCUACAUUUGCCAGCGAUCUUUGUGGCGAGGGUGAUAGCCCAAGAUUCCGGCAAAGGAAAUCCGGGCGAUCAUGGGUUCGGCUCAUCGUACAGAUGGAGAAGUAUAUCCGGUGGUUUUACAGAGGCUAAGAAAACACGAAAACCGAUAAUGGUGGUAGUCCACAAGCUCGGAUGUCCGGCCUGCGCAAAUCUCCGGCCGAAAUUUGCCAACUCCCUAAAAUUGCUCGACUUGAGCCAGCAUUUCGUCAUGGUCAACAUCGAAGCCUCGGGCGAAAAACAGCUGCCGGAUAAAUUUGUCCCUGAUGGUACCUACGUUCCUAGAAUCCUAUUUUUUUGCCCCGACGGCAAAUUACUGCGUGAGAUUGACAACCAGGAUCCAGAUCGAGAACCGAAUUACAAGUAUCAUUACUGGAACAUCGGACAGAUCGUCGAUUCGAUGCUCAGAGUAUUGAAAGUGUUUCCACAGGUAUUGAAAGUAGAAUUUUUAAACAAUAAUAAUACGCAUCGUCUUACCGUCACUUGGUCGGAAUUCCGCGAAUAA